CACAUUUCGUGUUGUGUCAAUGCCGAUGCAUACAAUUGCUCGUUGUUCGGGUUAUUUUCAUGCUUGCAGCAAAAGUGCUCGUUGCUUUAUUGCUAUCUCUUUGGUCGUAAUUGGAAUGUGCUGUGAAUGGAGAUUUUCCCUUUCACUGUGUGCUUUAACGCUAAAAGUGCUUACGGAGUGCAUUCCAUUGAAAUCCAGUAAUACCUUCUGUCUAGCCGCACUUAUCUCCACUUCAACUAUGACUUCAUUUCAUGAGCGAAAAAAACGGACGGAAAGAAAGCAGCAUAUGGUGACUCAUCAACAUGGCGAUGUAUCUUGAACUGGUUCACAAUAUGUCUGGAGGUGUACGCUGAGUUUUAACAUUAUUACAGAUGGCAUUGGUAUUUAUGAACAUAAGCAACAAAGCUAAGAAAUCAUGUGGCAGGCAUGCCUGGAAGCAUUCUAAGUAUCUAACGUAGGCUAAAAACAUGAUUGUGCUCACAAAUUAUUGCUAUUUGUAUACUUAUGUAUUUAAAUGUUACAUGUUUAUAAAAUCAUACAUUUGCCAUGCAUAGCUUUUAAUCUAUUUUCAGAUCAACAUCAUCCAACCAAUCUAAACCAAACCAAAUCAACUACAACAACGACAUUUAACACAACCUUUUAAUUACUAUAUUUAUAAAAAUGCAUAUAAUACAUUAUAUAAUUCAUUACAUUGUAUAUUUCAUAUGUCUAUGUACGAAAAAUUUCUUGCUCUGUUGCAAAAAUUAAAAAUUAAACAACUUUUUUUUGUUUAUUAAUUAUAUGAUUUCCUCUUUUAAUAGCGCCCAAAUACCAAACUGCAUACGCCUGUGAAGGUAAGAAAUUAACAAUAGAAUGCGAUCCAGGCGACCUGAUCAACUUAAUACGUGCGAAUUACGGACGCUUCUCGAUAACGAUAUGCAAUGACCAUGGCAAUGUCGAAUGGAGUGUAAACUGCAUGUUCCCAAAGAGUUUGACCGUUUUGAAUUCAAAAUGCGCACACAAACAAAGUUGCAGUGUGCUUGCAACGACGAGUAUGUUUGGCGAUCCCUGUCCUGGUACACACAAGUAUCUCGAGGCGCAUUACCAAUGCAUAUCGGCGGCACAAACAUCAACCACCACCAAUCGACCCAGUCCGCCAUGGGUGUUAGCGAAUAAUCCACCAUUGCUUGCGAAUGGCAGCACACUAAUUAAUCCAAGUGUGCCGUUGCAACCGCAAGGACCAGGGCGCCUACCACUACCUGCCAAUGGUGGCAUUCCAUCGGCAGGUGGCCUAUGGCAUACACUGCCGCCAACGCCAGGUCCACCGCAACCCACAUUACCAGGCGGCCGUCUUAAAGGUAACUAUAAUACAACGGUGAUAAAGAAUUCCAACAGACAUGAUGGUUUACCACCACCACCGCCGUUGCAUCAUCAUCAUCAUACGGGACAUCAUGCAGCAACGCCUGUGGAAGGUGUCACUGCGGCUGAUAGUACUGCCAGCAAUACGCGACCAACGGCGAAAAAUGAUUUAUCAACGCGUACGCCGGGCACAAAUCAAACCAAAUCACAUGUGGGUCCGUCCAACACAACCACCACACCCAAUACGCGCAUACUGAGUGGUGUUGGUGGCAGUGGCACAGAUGACGGCACCAUACUCACCGCUAAAACCGCACAAAAUCGUGGCAAUCAACAGCAGAGUACCGCCACACAACAACAUGCUGCUGGCAACAACAAUAACAACGUAAUGGGCGCUGAAGGUAGCGGUGGCAGUAAUGGUAUACGCACCAUAAACAAUAUAAAUAACCUCAAUAUGGGUUUGGGUGCGGUGGCCGAGGAUGAAUCGAAUAUGUUCUGCGGGCCAACAAAUGCGCGUAAUCUCUUCUGGAAUAUAACACGCGUGGGCGAUGUAAAUGUGCAGCCCUGUCCAGGUGGCGCAACUGGCAUUGCCAAAUGGCGUUGUGUACUUAUGAAGCGCGUCAACUACAAAGAUGAGGAUGGUGGCAUAGCGGAAACCACCACAUUGCGUGCAAUACCACGUACUAAUUGCAGCAGCAGUAAUGGCAACAGUAGCUGUGAAAAUGCCGCUGAUAGAUUAAGUCAACGCAUCGGCAAUUUCGAGCCCACUUGGCAUCCCAUGACGCCAGAUCUUACGCAAUGCCGCAGUCUGUGGCUAAAUAGCUUGGAGGUGCGCGUAAAUCAACGCGAAUCAUCUGUUAUAUCGAUAGCAAAUGAUCUAUCAGAGGUGACUAGUAGCAAAACCUUAUAUGGUGGUGACAUGCUUGUAACUACGAAAAUCAUACAAACCAUGUCGGAGAAAAUGUUCCACGACAAAGAGACCUUACCAGAUCAGCGCCAGCGUGAGGCUAUUAUAUUAGAAUUGCUACAUGGUGUGGUAAAGACUGGUUCAAAUUUGCUCGAUGAAUCACAAUUGUCCUCAUGGAUGGAUCUGAAUCAGGAAGAUCAAAUGCGUGUUGCCACAUCAUUGCUGACUGGACUGGAGUAUAAUGCAUUUCUUUUAGCCGACACCAUCAUACGUGAACGCAAUAUUGUGCAGAAGGUCAAGAAUAUACUGUUGUCUGUGCGUGUUUUGGAGACUAAGAACAUUCAGGGCAAUGAAGUGUUCCCCGACCUCGAGCAAUGGCAAAUCAGUGACGACCGCAUAGAAUUGCCGCGCACCGCGCUCGUGGAAAACAGCGAAGGCGGCCUUGUGCGCAUAGUAUUCGCCGCCUUCGAUCGUUUGGAGUCGAUCUUGAAACCGUCUUACGACCACUUUGACACAAAAAGUUCGCGCAGUUAUGUACGCAACACAGCCUUGCUGGCCAGCGAGCGCAACGAUUCGGGCGCAAGCGCUGAUUUACAACAACAACGCAUACGCAUACUCAAUAGUAAGGUGAUAUCAGCGAGUUUGGGUAAAGGACGACACAUACAGCUCUCACAACCGAUCAAAUUAGUCUUGCGACACAUCAAAACCGAAAAUGUAACCAAUCCGACUUGCGUCUUUUGGAACUAUAUAGAUCACGCAUGGUCAGCGAAUGGCUGCACUUUGGAGUCAACAAAUCGCACGCACAGCAUUUGCAUGUGCAAUCAUCUCACCAACUUUGCCAUACUCAUGGAUGUCAUGGACGAGCACAAUCAUUCGCUGUUCGGCGUCUUCGAUGGCAAUAUGCGCAUACUCAUCUACAUAAGUGUCGCCAUUUGCCUGGUGUUCGUUGUCAUCGCCUUGCUCACGUUGAAGAUAUUCAAUGGCGUUUUCAUAAAGUCUGCGCGCACUUCCAUCUAUCGCAGCAUUUAUAUAUGCCUACUUUUCAUUGAAAUUCUUUUCCUAAUUGGCAUUGAGCAGAAUGAGACGAGUAUCCUUUGUGGUUUCACUACUGUUUUCCUACAUUGUUCGAUAUUAUCGGCGAUAGCGUGGUUCUGUUUCGAAGCAUUCCAAUCGUAUUCCACACUAACCACCGAUGACAUGUUACUCGAAGUUGAUCAGACUUCCAAAGUGAAUUGUUACUAUUUACUCUCCUACGGUUUAUCCCUCACAAUUGUGGCCAUUUCACUGGUCAUUAAUCCAAAUACCUACACACAAAAUGACUUUUGUGUGCUGAUGGAGGCGAAUACGCUGUUCUAUUCGAGUUUUGUGGCACCUGUGUUGCUAUUUUUGCUGAGUGCUUUGGGUUACACCUUCUUGUCAUGGGUCAUCAUGUGUCGCAAGAGUCACACAACGCUGAAAAAUAAAGAGCAUACGCGACUCGCCAAUGUGCGUUUCGACAUGCGUUGCUCCUUCAUUUUCCUACUACUACUAAGCGCCGUAUGGAUAUCCGCCUAUUAUUAUCUACGCCUGGCCAAAGCGGAGGACGACUUGGCCGUUGUAUGCGGUUAUCUUUUCAUUAGUUUCAACACACUAAUGGGAUUGUAUAUUUUCGUGUUUCAUUGCAUACAAAAUGAGAAGAUUCGUCGGGAAUAUCGUAAAUAUGUGCGGCAAAAUUCUUGGUUGCCAAAGUGUUUGCGCUGCUCGAAGGCCUCAAUUUCCUCGGGCAUCGUCGGCAAUAACGGUAUUGGCAGUGGUAGCGGCAGUGGCGGUGGUAUCGGUCCAGGCAACGGUAGCGGCGGUGGUACACUUUCCGGCACACAUCGUGGCAACUCGAACACGGUGCAAUUGAAAAAGUCCAAAUUGCCAAUCGGCGGCGAGGGUUUGGUAUCAGAUGACACCGGCGGUAUUAUAUCGGCCGCUGAGGAUGCCAUUAUUGCAUCAUCAGAUUGUGAAUUGAAUGAUGCGCGCAAUCUGUCGUUAACUAGUGAUGCCGAUAUGGAUACGGUGAAGGGCGCCGGCGGCAAUAUGACGUUGCAGCACGGCAAGGGUGGCCACUCCAUUAUUGAUGCCAUGCAAGGGCAUAUUGUGCUGGAACGCGGUGGCGCGAAUGCCGUGCACUCAGUUGGCGGCAGUGGUGGGCUGCGUACGCCCAGCGCUGGUCACACUUCACCCACCUCAUCGGCUGGCUCGACGCAUUUGAUUUUCGGUGGUCAAAAGCAGCAAAUGAUUGGCGCGGCCGGUGGACCACAAGAGGCGUACUACCAUCAACCGGAUUACUAUGGUUGGAAGCAGCAAAUGGGUAAUCCAGUUGGCGGCAACAAUAAUGCAUUGAGCCUGGCACAUCCGCGCGAUUACGUCGGUAACGCGGUUGCGCCCCAGCAGGCGCAUGAGUUCUUCUACUGGACGCAAAAGCAUCAGCCGCAUGGCAAGAAGAAGCGCGGCAGCGGUAUUGGCGGUGAAUCGCCGAGCGGUUCAUUGCACAGUCGCACAACAGCGGCGUCGCAGCAAAUACUUUUCUAUCCGUCAUACAAGAAGACCACGCUGAAGCAACAACAGCAGCAGCAGCAGCAACAAUAUCCGCACUACGAUGAGGCGGUCGGUGCUGCUGCCUACUAUCAGCAACAACAACAUCAACAGCAGCAACAACAACACCGGCGGCAUGCAUCAGCGGCCAUGAUGCUGGCGGCACAUCAUCAACAGCAACAACAACAACAACAGCAAUUGUCCUCAGAUGAGGAACAAUUGGAGCCAGCAGCCGCUGCGCAUGCGCAUUUGUUGCAUUUGGGACGACGCGCCAGCUCACAAUUGCCACCACCGCCAGCGCCCGCAUCGCACGCCUACCAUUAUCCACAUCAUCACUCGCCAGAGUUUAUGGGUGUCGCACACACGCCAACACAGCGUUACUAUAGAAAUAAGCAUUCCAACUGUGAUCUGAGCCACGAGGAGUACGACCCGAGCGGACGCGCGGGCAGCGAACAGUACUACAAUCAAAAUUCAAUGGGCGGUGAUGGGCCGGUUUAUGAGGAGAUUCUCAGCAAUCGUAAUUCCGAUGUACAACAUUACGAAAUGGAUUUGAAUAUGUAUGGUCGUGAUAAUGACGAUGUCGACGACGAUGAUGAUGAUGAUGACGAUGAUGUAAACGAUUGCGACAAUGAUGUGGUAGUGAACAAUGGUCGUGGCGGUGUUAGUAGUAGCGCUAUGCGUCGGCAACAGCUGCGUCAAAGGCAUCAUUAUGAGGCGGCGCGAAAUGGCGUCGUUGGCGCAGGUGUAGGCAACAGUGGCAGUCGAUAUGGUCACGCGGAGAGCGGCGCGUCCAGCGAGGAGGACGACGAUGAUGGAGAAAACGCGCAGCGACGCGGACUGCCACAGGGUGACGAACGCAUGCGGCGACUGAUUGCCUUGCAAGAUGAAGAGUUUCAGCGGCGGUUUCAAAGGCAACGCAAGAAAGCCGAGGCCUCAUUAAAUGAUAAAACGGCAGCGGCGGCGGCAUACUUUGAUCACCACAAUGCGGCAGCGUCAAGCGGUGCGACGGUUUUUGGCAUUAGCGGCGGUGGCAGUGGCGGCGCGAGCUCAAUACGCGCCAUAAAAAAGAUCUCACCGAAUAAUCGAAUAGGUGUGCAUGAGUUAUUCACGACGACUCAUAAUAGCAGCGGCGCUGCGGGUGGUGGUGGAAGCGGUCUAGGUCCGCCCUUACCGCCGGCAAAUCAACAGCCAGCGCAACAAUAUCCGCUGUCGAAGAGGCAACAAGUGUCGCCAACAACACUAACAGCAACAACACCGUCAUCGUCGCACACACAACCAAUUGGCCGGAACAUUUCUGCAAUGCUGGAUGAGAACAAUACGGUACGUUGUUAUCUCGAACCGUUACCCAAAUGAAGUGCAUGCGCAUCUCAACCAACCCACACAUAGGUGAGGUAGUGUAAUUAUAAAUAUAUAUAAGCUUAACUGCAGAGCGUAUGGCAAAAGACAGGCUAUAAGAGCGUAAGACAUUAGUGUUUAGCUUUUGUUUUUUCGGCUGAAA